GUGCAGACGUGAGGAAUUUCCGAAUUUACUCUGGCUACAUCGGACUGAAUAUGGAUUUACAGUGGGUGUAGCAUCGUUGCGGACCGAGCCUUCCUGGCUGGGGGUGACGGCAGGACAUUAGUGAAGCCGACGAGAAAAAUUACAUGUUUUUUUUGUUUUGUUUUCUUUUCUUUAGGGGGGGGUGCUUUGUCUUGUCCACCAAACGAUAGCAAACCAUCAUUCGUUUCAAUCGCCGAGAAAUUCAGCUAGUGAUCACUAGCUGCUCCCCGGAAUGUAUCAUCAUGUUGCCACCUAGAAGUGACUGCUAGGACGGCGGAUUGCGAAGGAAAAGCAGAAAUCCUCUCCCAGGUCCCAACGGGUUGACACCCGGACCUGAAUCUGUUAGCCGAAGCCGCGGAGCCCAGUGUUUUCGGCGAUAUGGCGGAGCAAGGCUACUCCUCUUGGGCUUACUCCCUUGUUGACUCCAGCCAGGUGUCCACCUUCCUGAUCUCCAUCCUUCUUAUUGUUUAUGGCAGUUUCAGGUCAUUAAACAUGGAUUGUGAGAACCAGGAGAAGGAUAAAGAUGGUAACCCUUUGACAACAGGGUCUUUUAAUAACAACAACACAAACAACAGUAUUCAAACUAUAGACUCGACGCAGGCCCUGUUUCUGCCGAUAGGAGCUUCAGUUUCUCUGCUAGUCAUGUUCUUCUUUUUUGACUCGGUACAGGUGGUUUUCACUAUCUGCACUGCAGUUCUUGCUACAAUUGCAUUUGCAUUCCUGUUGUUGCCGAUGUGCCAGUACCUGACCAGACCAUGCUCCCCGCAGAACAAGAUUUCAUUUGGCUGCUGUGGACGUUUCACUCUGGCUGAACUCCUGUCGUUCUCCCUGUCCGUUAUGUUGGUUCUCAUCUGGGUGCUGACCGGACACUGGCUUCUCAUGGACGCUUUAGCCAUGGGCUUGUGUGUCGCCAUGAUAGCAUUUGUCCGACUUCCCAGUCUGAAGGUCUCUUGCCUGCUGCUGUCAGGACUGCUCAUUUACGAUGUUUUCUGGGUGUUUUUCUCGGCAUACAUCUUCAAUAGUAAUGUGAUGGUGAAAGUUGCCACCCAACCUGCUGAAAAUCCCAUCGACGUUCUGUCCAGGAAGCUCCACUUGGGACCAGGAAUGGGCCGUGAUGUCCCCCGACUAUCCCUACCUGGCAAACUGGUUUUUCCAAGUUCCACAGGAAGUCACUUCUCCAUGCUGGGAAUAGGUGACAUCGUGAUGCCGGGGCUGCUGUUGUGCUUCGUCCUGCGCUACGAUAACUACAAGAAGCAGGCGACCGGAGAAGUCCCAGGACCCGGCAACAUGUCCGGACGCAUGCAGCGUGUAUCCUAUUUCCACUGCACUCUCAUCGGAUACUUUGUGGGUCUGCUGACUGCCACUGUGGCCUCUCGGAUCCAUCGCGCUGCUCAGCCUGCUCUGCUGUACUUGGUUCCCUUCACCCUGCUGCCUCUGCUCACUAUGGCCUACCUGAAGGUAACUGAUGUGGCUCCAAACACACACAAUCACACGCUUCUAGGCCCGAUCAAGUUUUGGGUUUUUGUAAAAGCACCAAGUUACUGA